AUGUCAGACGCCAUCCCAUCCUCGGCACCCAUGUUCUCGCGCCACCAGGCCGCCAAGGCACAGGCUGAGGCACAACAGCAUCGUCAGGAGAGGCAACAGCAGAGAAGGCAGCAGCAUUCGUCACCGUUUGAUGACUUUUUUGGAGGCGGAUCUGCCCAGCAGCAGGCUGAUUCUGAGGACGAUUCAGAGGAAUCCUCCUUCAGCGAUGCCUCGGCAUGCAAGGGGUAUUACUGCGAAGAGACACAAGUUUGUGUCGAUCGGCCGGUCCAAUGUCCUUGCCCUUACGAUACCGAUACAAAGUGUCUCCGAGGCGAGUGGUAUGUCUGCUACAGGGGUCCCAACAAGUGCUAA